CUCGAAGUCACUCCAUGGCAGCGAAGGCAAAAGCACGGACUCUCAUAGUCCGUCUCAUUUCGACGGCUCAGACAGGGUUUUUCUACACCACACAACGCCUCCGACAGGGCCCAAGGCUCUCCGCCGUGAAGUAUGACCCGCGGGUGAAGCAAAGAGUCCUGUUCGUGGAGAGCAAGAAGACCGGGAAGAAGUGAGGAUGUUGGGGAGGAUAAUGUACUCGACAUAACGCUAUGUGCACUUGACUAGAGCACUCUGACCAUGCCGUCUCACACCUGAGUGAUUGCCCAAUCCAGACACUCUCCCUCAACACGCUGCCCAAAACCUCACCUACCAUCUUCAUAAUUCCCUCGACACUCGCGCCAUGUUAUUGUCUUCAUGAGUAUGCAGAUAUCUUAUACGGUUACCAAGCAAUGAUAUUGGGAUGGCCACCAUUCUGCUCUUCGUCGCACGUGGUUGGGCCACGCCUUGUUGAACACCUCUUGACGCUGCAUGUGCCAAUUUGCCAUUC